CAUAUUCUCUCUCUCUCUCUCUCUUCCAAUGCUGUCAUCGUCAUACUCUAACUGUCUCAAUCCUUCAAACCCCCAUUUUCUUCUUCUUCUUCUUCUUCUUCUUCCUAAUUACAAUUAAAUAAACCCCAACCUUUAUUCUCACUCACUCACUCACUGUCACCCAAAGUACAAUUGUGUACACAACACAACACAACACAAUACAAGAAAAUUAGUACACAAUUCCAAAUGGAUCCUCCUCUCAUCAACGAUUCCACAUUCUCUCCUGCUUACCCUCUCGCCGAGAUUUGGCCUGCUGGAUUGGUUCAUUUGCCUUCCAAUUUCAUCCUCCCUGAUGCCUCCGCCGACGAGUCCACCGUCACCGAUCAUAGUGGCGCCGCCGCCGCUAACCGAAAUCAGAGGAAGAGAAAGAAGGAAACCGCCUCCGAAGACGACUGCUCCAAGAUGGUUUCCACCAGCUCUGCUAAUGACUUGAAUGAUUCUGGCGAUGAACGGAUAAAAUUAGGAGGAUACACUGUUGAAAAUGAUUGUUUGAAAGCUGAAGCGGAAGAAAGUUCAGCGGUGGGUAACAAGUCAUCUGAACAGGUUACUAAAUCUUCCGAGCCACCUAAGCAAGACUAUAUUCAUGUGAGAGCAAGAAGGGGUCAAGCUACUGAUAGCCACAGUCUAGCAGAGAGAGCAAGAAGAGAAAAGAUCAGUGAGAGGAUGAAAAUUCUUCAGGAUUUGGUCCCAGGAUGUAACAAGGUAAUUGGUAAGGCACUUGUCCUGGAUGAGAUAAUCAAUUAUAUCCAGUCACUGCAGCAUCAGGUUGAGUUUCUUUCUAUGAAGCUUGAAGCAGUUAAUUCAAGAGUGAACAUGAACCCUGCUAUUGAAGGGUUUCCUUCAAAAGAUGUUGGUACUCAGCCAUUUGACGUUGCUGGAAUGAUAUUUGGAUCACAAGCGGCAAGGGAGUAUUCUCAGGGAUCUCAUCCUGGAUGGCUGCAUAUGCAGAUAGGUGGUGGUUUUGAGAGAGCCACAUAGUUCAAGGAAGUGUCAUUGGGAAUGACAAAUCAGUCAGUGGGGUUGGUUAUAUAGUUUUCUCUAUUAACAAUCUAGUCAGUUGCUACAGAAUGUUGUAGGUUUAUAUGUCCAUUGUUAUAGAUGAUAUAAUUUAUAGGAUGUGCAUCAUCUAACUAUGCAUGUGCUUUGCUAUAUUAGCAAUUAGCAACUAGAAACAAUCAUAGUGUGGUUUUCGUUUUUAAACUUUGUUAUGAUAGGAUUCAUCUCUCUCCUGAUUUGUUUUGUAUAACAAUAUGUGUAGCAGGUAUGUAUUUGUAUUUUACAAGUGGAGACAGUUUGAAAAUUAUAUAUUUAAUAUGUGUAGCAGGUAUGUAUUUGUAUUUUAAAAGUGGAGA